UUUUCCCCCAUUGCAAGUCUGAUAAACCUCGGUCUCACAGAGUUGGGAGCUUCAUAAAUCGCUUCUUCACACCCCAGAUCCGUUUCUUGGUUCGGAUUAAUGCAGUUUAAAGGCACAAUUGGUGAUUAACUGUGGCUGAAAUCACAUGGAGGUGCUCCCGUGCUCACAUGACAGGCUGAACCAUGGCAGGAGAGAUCAGUGAAGGCUCAGUUCCUGCCUAUUACAGGGAAGUGCAUGAGGCCAUCCGCUGUAGGACAGAUGAGAGAGUGCAGGUUGAGGUUUUUCAGCGGCUGCUCCAAAGGACCGAUCUCUCCAAGGUGGUCUUAAACCAGAUUGCUGAGCAUCUUGACUCCUCCGAUGGAUUCCUGAGCAAAUUAUCACUCUAUAAAGCACUCGCUUUGAUUGCUCUCGCUCAGCAGGGCAAGCAACCGAGUCCCAAACUCUUGGAGAACUGCAUACUAGAGUUACCGAAACCUCAGCUCGGGGAGCCGAGGGACCUGAGCACGCUGAGGAUGCAGCCGGCUCAGGACGACGUGCUGACAUUGUCGCAGACGCUGGACGGGCUUCUGGGGAAAGACACGGUCCAGGUGGAGCUCAUUCCUGAGAAGAAAGGCCUGUUCCUCAAACAUGUGGAGUACCAGGUCACCAGCCAGCGUUAUAAGAUAUCAGUUUACCGGCGUUAUAGCGACUUUGAUGUCUUCCACGAGGUUUUGCUUCAGAGAUUUGCCUACAGAGUCGUGCCAGCUUUGCCACCUAAAAGGAUGUUAAAAGGAGUCCUGACCUCGCUCUCCGAGCGGGAGUUCAUUGAGGGGAGGAGACGUGGUCUCGGCAGAUUUCUUAACUUGGUGGCUCGACAUCCCUUCUUCUCAGAGGAUGAGCUGGUCAAGACCUUCCUCACUUUCAGUGGCUCUGAUGUUCAGUCUAGGCUGCGUGACACUUGUAAGAAAACGGGUGACGAGUUCAUGAUUAACAGAAUCGCAACUCAGGCAAAGGAAUAUCUCCCAGCUGACAUUCAGGCUCAGUUUUCGACAAGCAGAGAGAUGAUUAGAAAUAUCCACAACAGCUUCCAGAGGCUGCGGGACAGAGCUGAGAAAAUGGUGGAGCGCUCUAAGGACAAUGCAUCUGAUCUCCUCAUGUUUGGCAAAGAGCUCAGUACACUGGGCUCAGAUGCCUCGCCUCUUCCCUCCUUGGCCUCUUCACAAAGCACCUGGGGGACCCUGCGCCAGUCGCUGAAGAGCCUUUCUGUGGAGUUUGCUGUGCUGUCUGACAAAGCUGCUCAGCAGGGCCGGCGAGAAGAAGAUGAUGUUGUGGAAAAAUUGAAUCUUUUCCUGGAUUUGCUGCAGUCGUACAGGGAUCUCUGUGAGCGGCAUGAGAAGGGCGUCCUCCACGAGCACCAGAAAGCAUUGCACAAGUACAGUGUGAUGAAGAGGCAGAUGAUGAGUGCCACUGUGCAGCACAAAGAGCAGGCAUCUGUGGAGCAGCUGGAAUCGCGAAUUGUUCAGCAAGAAAAUGCCAUCCAGACCAUGGAGCUGCGUAACUACUUCUCCCUAUUCUGCCUUCAUCAAGAAACACAGCUUAUCUUCACUUACCUUCCGAUUACCUCGCACAUUCUCGGAUCUUUUGUUAACUCCCAGGUCCAAGGACACCGAGAGAUGGGGGAGGUGUGGAGUGAAUUGCAGCCAAAGCUUGGGUGUCUCUUCAGCGGUAACAAUGGACUGAAACACUCCAUCUGAAACCUAAAUGUACAUGAGAUG